CAAUGGGCUACCAGUGGGGGCGGGGCUUCAACCGUCAUAGACACGUGUACUAGGAAACAGGAAGUAAAUACAGAGGACUCAACAGAGCUACAGGUCUGCAGUGGGACAUCAUGCUGGAAGGCUACAGCCCUGUGACCCAGGCCCUGCUCGGCACCCUGUUCACCUGGGGUCUGACUGCUGCUGGAGCCGCCCUAGUGUUCGUCUUCUCCAGCCGACAGAAGCGGAUCCUGGAUGGAAGUUUGGGUUUUGCAGCAGGGGUAAUGCUGGCUGCUUCUUACUGGUCAUUACUGGCACCAGCAAUCGACAUGGCUGAGGAUUCUGGGAAGUACGGUUCAUUUGCCUUCGUGCCAGUGGCUGUGGGAUUCACACUUGGAGCAGCUUUUGUUUACUUUGCUGAUCUGGCCUUGCCCCUGCUGGGUGUCGGCGCCGACCCUCACACCGCCUUGGCUCUGCCCCCUGACUCCAAGCUGGCAAAGGAAAAAGCAGAGGAUCCAUUCUUCCAGCUCCCGGACUCAGAUGAGAUGAGCAUUAGGAUAGGUAGAGCUGGACCUCUCACAGACAAAAUUGAGAAUGGAGAUGUCUACCAAAGACGAAGAGGGCCCAAUUCAGGCCACUCCGACGGACAGGAAACAGGAAGUAAAACGACGGGAGUUGGUCAGACAGGCAACAGCUGGCGGCGAAUUCUCCUGCUGAUCCUAGCCAUCACCAUCCAUAAUAUCCCAGAGGGCUUGGCUGUAGGGGUUGCUUUUGGAGCCAUAGGAAAGACUUCUACUGCUACCUUUGAGAGCGCCAGAAAUUUGGCCAUCGGGAUCGGCAUCCAGAAUUUCCCAGAAGGCUUGGCAGUGAGCCUGCCUCUGAGGGGAUCGGGGGUCUCAACAUGGACGGCCUUCUGGUACGGUCAGCUCAGUGGAAUGGUAGAACCCAUCGCCGGCCUGCUGGGCGCCGUCGCUGUCGUUCUGGCAGAACCCCUUCUGCCGUACGCGUUGGCGUUCGCUGCCGGAGCGAUGGUCUACGUGGUGGUGGAUGACAUCAUACCUGAGGCUCAAGUCAGUGGAAACGGCAGGCUGGCUUCCUGGACCUCCAUUCUGGGAUUUGUCGUGAUGAUGUCACUAGACGUGGGGCUGGGCUGAGGACGCCAUGGCGACACAAAAGCCAAGGCUGACAGAAGCACCGCUGACCUCAGUUUAAAAAAAAAAAAGGGGAACCAUUGUUCAGUGUAAUUAAUGCUACUUGAAGUUGAACUGGGAGCAAGUGUUUAAAUGCAAAGCUUGCUGUACUUGAACUGAUAGAUUUUCUAAGAGAUGCUUGCAGUUAAAUAAGACGUCUCAUUCAGGGAUACACCCUGAAAGAUUUUAUUAUUCAUGAGCUGGUGAAGGUUAUGAUCAGACUUUGCUGAUGUUUUUUUUUUUUCAGAGAAAGAAAUCUUCUAAUAUGAAAGCUUUAAAAAAGUG